AUGUGGUUGUGGUUGGAGGCAUAUAUUCGGCCCGCUGGUGCAACUAAUAUUUUGUACCGCCCUGGUGAACAGCCUCUGUUGGCUGCCGACCCUAGGAUCAAGCUCUAUGCGAGACAAUACGACACUAAUCCCCACGGUAUCUUGUACUUUGCGAGCGACCAGGUGGCUGCUGGAAGGGGAGAUGCGGUUGUGACAUGCAAGGUUGACCAGGACGGCUUCGUGAUCUGCAUCGCACCUGGGACGGGGUACACUAAGCUCACGACUUGCCCCUCCUCGGGUAUCUUCAUUUUGUCGGCACCGGACUACAGGUCGCCGGGCUGUGCCGAGCCGGUUCAGUUCAAGGUCGGGAACAGAGUAAGCAAGCUGGUCAUGCUCGGCCACCCCAGCCAGUUUAGAGGCAUGUACCUCACAGGCUCCGUUUCUGCCUCUCUGAGUUUUAGUGACAGCGCGGGUGGCGCAACCGACUUUGGGCAUACCUCUAGUGGACUAUGGGGCGUUAGUUGA